CCGAAACAACAGCUACACACUCGCGACCAUGUACCUCACGGCGCUGGUGUGCUGCGCGGCUGUGCUCGCGCUCCUCUUCAAGUACCUGAUCUGGGACCGCGGACCCAACCCGCUGGCCGUCGACACCCGAGAGCCGCUCAAACCGCUCGUCACCGAUAAGAAGGAAAAGAACAAAAUCCUGAAACAAGGCUUUUUGGCCAGCAAGGUCCCGGAGAAGCUCGAUGCCGUCGUCAUCGGCAGCGGAAUUGGCGGCCUGGGCGUCGCCGUCCUCCUCGCCAAGGUCGGCAAGAGGGUCCUGGUCCUGGAGCAGCACGACCGGGCUGGCGGCUGCUGCCACACCUUCACGGAGAAGGGCUUCGAGUUUGACGUGGGUAUCCACUACAUAGGGGAGCUCCUGGAGAACAACCCUUUCCGCUGCCUCCUGGACCAGCUCACCAACGGGCAACUCCAGUGGGAGCCCAUGGACAACCCGUACGACCUUGUGGUUCUGGGGCCUCCGGAGAACCGACGGGUUUACCCCAUUUACCAUGGCAAGGACCGCUUCCUGGCUGAGCUCAAGAAGCGCUUUCCUGGCGAAGAGGCGGCCAUUGACAAAUUCUUGAAGCUCUCCAAGAAAGCGGCCUUUGGUGCUUGGAUCCUGGUUGUGCUGAAGCUCUUCCCGGCCCUUGUGGUGCGCUUCCUGAUAGCCACAGGCUUGGCCCAUUGGAUGUCCCCCUUCCUGAGCCUUGGACGCCGCAGCCUGACCGAGGUUGUCAGUGGACUGACGGAGAACAAGGACCUGCGAGCCGUCUUCUCCUACAUCUUUGGGACCUAUGGCAACAUCCCCAAGGAGGCGAGUUUCUCCAUGCAUAGCCUGGUUAUGUGCCACUACCUGCAUGGUGCCUGGUAUCCCAAGGGGGGCGCCAGUGAGAUUGCCUACCACAUGAUCCCCAUCAUCGAGAAGGCUGGGGGGGCUGUUCUUGUCCGAGCUCCUGUGAACCGCAUUCUGUUUAAUGAAGCUAAAGAAGCCUGUGGUGUGAGUGUCAUGAAAGGUCAAGAAGAGGUCCACAUCAACGCUCCCAUCAUCAUCUCUGACGCUGGUCUCUUCAACACCUACCGACAGCUCAUCCCCAAAGACCUCCAGGCUCUUCCAGCGAUCCAGAACCAGCUGGCCAUGGUGAAGAGUGGGUAUGGCGGCCUAAGCCUUUUCAUUGGUCUCAACGGAAGCAAGGAGGAGCUGGGCCUCAAGGCGGACAACUACUGGAUCUUCAAAGAGAACAACGUGGAUGAAUUAAUGGAAAAGUACUCGAAGAACACAAGGGACGAGUCGGCCAGGAACAUCCCCAUGAUUUUCGUGGCUUCUCCCUCAGCCAAGGAUCCCACUUGGCAGGAGAGGCAGCCAGGCAAGUCAACCAUGAGCAUCGUCAGUUUUGCCCCAUACGACUGGUUCGAGGAAUGGAAAGAUGGGAAAGUCACCAACCGAGGUGCAGAUUACAAAGAGCUGAAGGACACCUUCAUUCAAUCCAUCAUGGAUAUGGUGGUGGAGUUCUUCCCCAAGAUUAAGGGCAAGGUAGAGUAUAUCGAUGCUGGGACUCCCUUAACAAACCAGCACUACAUUGCCACACCGCGUGGAGAAAUUUAUGGCUGUGACCACAACAAAGAUCGCUUCAGUGCUGAGGUGAGCGCUGCCCUUCGACCACAGACCCCACUGAAGAACCUCUACCUGACUGGCCAGGACGUGUUUGUGUGUGGCUUGGCUGGAGCCCUUGCCGGGGCCCUCACCUGUGGCUCCGUCAUCCUGAACCGCAACCUUCACCUGGACACCGUCUCCUUGACCAGGAGACAGAAGCAUAAGAACAACGACAAGAAAAAGGAAUAACUCAGAUGUGGCCGUUUCUGCUGUACGUGGAGUCGUGAUCAAAAGCCCACCUCCUUGUGUAGGGGGGGAUUGCAGUUUUUAUUUUCCUUUUAGUUCUCACUCCAGUGAGAGGAAUCCAAAACAAGCACAAGUUUGACAGUGAUCUCAUAAUCCUAUAAUCAAACACAAAUGCUUUUGAAUUAGCUUCAGAAAUGUGCGUUUACUACUACUCAUGCACUUAUAUCAUGCAUCAUGAUGGGUGGAGGGGGAGGAGGCUUGGCAGUCAUUCUUGCACUGCCACUGCACAAAAAGCAUUGAAGCAAAGUGAACCUGAGUACAUUACUGCACCUCUAUCUUACCUGCUUGAUUAAUGACUUUUAAAAUGUUUUUUGCACUCAUUUCUGAUAAAUUUUGUUAUACUGAUAUUUGUUUCCGGAAACUGAAAACUGGGUGUCAUAAGCCUAUAGCUGUUAUACUGAAAUUUCAGAUAAAGUUUGUAAAUUAACAGAUGCUGUACUAAGUAUUCAUUAGUUGUAUCAUGCCUAUACACAUAUCAUGUGCUUGCCUCAAAAUUUAAAAAGGUACAUAUAUUUAAACAUUUAAUGACAUUUAAUUUUAUUACAAAUACAUUUGGGACUGAAAAGAAGAAAGGGACUGCACAUUAACAAAGUAAUUUCUGUAUGUGUUAAUGCAUUUUUUUGAUUG